AACCCGGGGCUUUAAAACGGCUCCGGCGACCGCAGCUCGAGCUCUCCUGUUCUUCUUCUUCUUCCCGUUGCUGCUGUCCGGAGGGAGCCUCUAGCCGAGUACUCCGCGCACGGAGAGCUGGCGACGCAGCCUCGGGACAGACAGAACAAAAAUACAAGAGGACGCCAUGAAAAGCCUGCCCUGCCUUCCCUUCCUCUUUCUGCUUUUCUGCUCGGGGGACUCGGCGGUCAUCACUGGGGCUUGUGACAGAGAUCUGCAAUGUGGUGGAGGCAUGUGCUGUGCUGUUAGUCUCUGGAUCCAAAGUCUUCGAAUUUGCACACCAAUGGGCAUCUUUGGAGAAGACUGUCAUCCUUUAAGUCAUAAAAUUCCAUUUUGGGGAAGAAGAAUGCAUCACAGCUGUCCCUGUGAACCUAACUUGGCUUGUGUCCGGAUUUCUCCAAGCAAAUACAAAUGUCUACCAGAGUUCAAAAAUGAUGACAUCUAUUUUUAGCAGAAGGAUGGUGAAAAAUUCUGUGUCAUUACAUAUUUCAUGAAUGAAGACCCCUAUUUCUUAUUGUGAUGACAUUGUUUGACAGAGGACAUUUAGAGUAUAUUUUCUAGCCUUAUUAUUAAGAUACUAUAUUUAAGAUUAGCUGAAGUAUUUUCCUUAGACAAGUACAGUUUCUUUAUAUUUUUAUCAGCUCAAAUAAGGAUGGGCUGAAGUAGGCCUGUAUAACAUGAGAGAUGCUAACUGGAAUACAGUCCAUCAUUUAUGCUUGGCAGACCAAGGGAGACCUAAUUCAUUUUGCUGCAUACAAAAAUAUUAUGGCCAAUGUCAUAAAAGUAGACAAAUUGGGCCACAAGUGGAGCACACCUAGAAAAAAGGCAUAUUAUUGUCAAAUUCUUGCCAUUAAAAUGCUCUAAUCAGUCACCCAGACCAUUCAGUAGCCAGUAUCACCAAAUCAGUUUUUUUUUUAAUUGGAAGAUUUUCCUUAGCCUGCCAAACUGAAUGAACACAUCAAUCUUACUGAUUACCCCCUCCCCCCCCAAAAAAGCAAAGAAAUCUCUGCAUCAAACUCCCAGUAGAUUUGUACUAGCAAAUUUGGAAAGAAAGCAAACACUUUUCUAUUAAAAGCUCUGGUCUUUAAGGGGAAAAUAACAUGAAAUUCUUUGUAUUGAUAUCAGUGAUGAAUAAAUAAAUUUGAAUGUAAAUGAAUAAAUUUAUAUUAGCCCCAAAACUAGGAUGAAUACAAUGCUGGUAGGGGUGUAUGUCAGAUUGCGUAUGUGUGUUAUGUUGCUGCACUUUGGAGAUACAGCUGGAAUGCCCUAUUUGGGAAUGUCAGUGUGUACCUGUGCUCUAUUGGAAAAUUAUUUCAGAGAUACUUCCUCACCUAAACCAAGAAACAGAAUGACUAUGGCUGGGCAAAAAACCAAUGGGAGCAGAAGCAAUUUUCAACUUCCUGCAGGCUUCCCCAUUGAGUUUCCUUGUGGGAAGCUGGCAGAGAGCAUUCCCUUCCCUUCUUCCUCUGUCAUUAUUUUCCUUCCUUGUCUUCCUCCCACUCUUUCCUCCCUCCCUCCCUUCUUCCUUUUAUCUUUUCUUCUCUCUAUCCCUCCUUCCUCUUUCAUUCCCAUCCUACUUUCAUUCUGUCAUUAUUUUUCUCCCCUCCCUCUCUCCCUCGAAUUCCUGUCAGCUUCCCCAUUUACUUUGCUUGUGGGAAGCUUGCAGGGAAAAAAUCAGCGGAGAAGCCAGCAGGAAGUUGCAAGUCCAAGAACACCAGGCAGGUAAGUGCCUGCUGCUGGAAGAGGGAGGGAGGAUGGGAGGGAGGAAGCAAAGGGGUGCAUGAUAGGUGCCACAUGGGUUGGGGACAGCAUAUGGAUGGGUGACAUAGGCUAAGAAAGGUGCCUGGGGGUGGGUGAGAGGUACUGUGUGGGUUGUGCGGGGGGUGGGGGCACUCAGAACAAGAAGAGUGAGUGGAUCACAGGUGUGUAAGAGAUGCUGCGCAAUCAAGUAGGGCAUGCAAGGGAUUGUAGAGGGAAGAAUGUGAGGAGGUUGCAGGUGUGUGUGUGUGUGAGGGGUGCCGCAUCAGUUGAGGAUAGCAUGCAAGGGAGCGGCAUGAAUUAGGAAGUGUGGCUGAGAUUGCUUGGAAGAUUGCAAGAAGCACCAUGCAAGUCAAGGACAACACUCAGAGGGCAGUGUGGGCUGGGAAGGGUGCAGGGGUGCACAAGUGGUACUGCAUAGGUUGGGAAAGGCACACAGCAGGGGUGCAGGUUGGGGACGGGGUGUAGGGAUGCACAAGAGACGUCACAUUGGGGAAUGGCACAUUGGGUAGCAUCACAUUCAGGAACGGCAUAUGGGGAUGCACAAGAAUGCUGUGUGAGUCAGGGAAGGUACACAAUGGGAGCAGGUCAGAUUAUGGGAGUGCAGGUGCAUCAGCAGCCAGUAGCAUUGAAGCAGCCACAACUUCCUCAAAUUUCAUUCUUAAGCAACAGUUGCUUAAGAUAUUUUAAUUACACAUUUGUUGUACUAAGUAUGUUUUUCUUUAAAAUUAGACAUGUUGCUUUAGGUUGAAACAAAGUUAUUAGUUUCUUUAAAACCAAUAAUCUGCACCACAGAACUUAAAUUUUGGAAGAAUCAUUUAACAUAAAAUCAUAUAAUGAAAAUGAGAAAAAGAAUUGUUUCAUCUAGCAUAAAUACAACCUGAAAUCCAGUUUCUUGUUAUAUUUUUUAAAAUCUGAAAUUUUUUUGAAGCCUCUGACUUCAUAUGUAAAUAUAGUGAUAUGCAAAGGUUUCUGUAUCAGAAUAAUAAAAUUAAAAUAUUUUA